GUGACGACUCGCUCUUCAAUCACCUAUGAUCAUGGUUUUCAUGACAGCGGAUGUCCCUGGGAUUGGCGGAGCAUCUCCUCGCUUGACCGCAUAAGACCAGGGAAUGAACUUGGGUACUACUCGCCGAACGUUGACUCCUGCUCAUGGUCAACUUCGAUCUGGAGCAGAGGGGUUGGCUCGAAGAGCGUCUCUCUGCGUUCUCGUCACGAGCAGACAGACGAGAGGGCAAGCAAUACGCCAUCGAAAUCACCUCUGCCUUCCAACACGCUUUCCCUCAGUACCGCCCGAAGAAAGAAAAUGGCGAUGUUGGCAAUCAGAUCUAUGUGUUUCUGAAGAACAGUCGUGCGCAUCUCGGCGACCCGUUGGUCAGGCUGGCAAACAUUGGCGACCGUCCUUGUCCGCUGACCAACCAUGGUUGCGGACGUCCCUUCCUUCAAGCAGAAGCUGCUUGACUUUGCUAUUGGCGUGAACAAACCUUCUUUCCAAGCCCGUCCCGAGUUCCUCAAGCAAUACUGGGAGCACCAGCUCUUGCCUGAGCAACGGCAGGAGUAUGUGGAGCGAGCGUUGAAGGAGCGAGGAACCCCCGACGUUCUCAUUGAAGGGAAACAGACGUCGGGAUGUCCCUCCGAGAAGAUUUUUGCUACAAUAGCAGCUUUUCACAAAGCUGUAAGCGCCCGUACAGGCUGGGUCCUGUUCACUCUUGCUGGCGGAGUUGAUAAAUCAGGUGCCAGAGCCGUAACACACGUGGACUCUGGUAAAACAUCUGCCAAUCUUGGCUUUUCGGAGUACAACGUGCGUCAUCAUGACGGCAUGAUGCAGGCAUGGAAGGACUUUGUGAAAGCUACCAUCCCCGCCGAAUCCCGGUCGCAACAAGCUCCUAUGCGAAUACUACCGACUUUGCAGCGAGAUACCUGCAACCGCCCUAUCCUUCCACCUUUGGACUCAGCAUGGAAUCAGCUAGAGAUUGCAGUCAUGCUGCAGACGUAUCUCAUGAGCCUUUACGAGCAUGAAACAUCGAACUCCCUGCUCGACUGGGCAUCAGUUUCGGUCCAGCCUGGACGUCUCCCGAUUGACGUCUCCCUCUCAGAUCCGGAACACAUGUCAUUUAUGGACAUGUUGAAGACUUAUACCCUUGUUCGCGAACAACAAGAAGAGUUCCAGGAAGAGUUCACGUUCUUCACCCCUCCCGAUCAAGUCGAGCCCUUCCACUUUGACAUGACAAACCUUGGAUUGUCUCCUGCCCCGGCAAAUCAACCUCCCACAACUCCAGCUGGAAGACAGCCCAUAAUCCGGACAACACAAACGUCUGUAGCCAGCAGACGGACCAGUAUACGUUGACCUCGCUCAAUUCGAUCACUCCGCUCCCGAACAGCCACAUCCAACGGGGAGGUCUGUGACACCCCGACAAGAUGGAAUCCUUUUGGUGAUGAGCCAUGCACGUCCCCUCCACCUUCAGAUGAAGAUGUCUUCCAAAUUGAUUCGCCGGUGUGCAGGGAGAAUGUUGCUCAAGGUACAGUUCUCCGCACGUCAUGUGAAUUGAUCUGAUGAGUGAUGCACAGGCAGUGCAUCCAGAAGGUGGCGUUUCGUGCUCCAUCCUGGAUUGAUUUCUGACGAAGUCCCUCAGCACAGCGACAUUGUCUGACCCUCGGCAAGAACCAUCCUCCGCACAUUCUCCAGAGGGUCGCAGGCCCUUACGACGUGGUGGUGCCCAAGUACUUGAUGUUCACGUGCGGCGAUCAAUGCGAAUGGCAGCAAGUCC